AUGGUGGAGAAGUCUUUAGCGGUCGCCGUUCAUCUCGUCUUGGCAUCCAUUUUUUGGCUUUUGUGUCCGACUCUGGUGGAUUCCACCUCCAGCAUCUGCCCCAGGUGCCCAGCAGAUGCAGAAUUUCUGCAGAAAAUUCGGCUGCAGAUCAUGUGGUUGAAACAACCAACUCGAGAAUUAUACAAAUCUUACCUGACUGGCAUGGACCUGCAGGAUGAGCUGCGCAAGUUUUGCGAGGUGCCCGUCGCUUGGCUCCUCCCCAGGAGAAACAUCACCAAGGAACCGGAGGGGGUCCUGCUGCAAGAACUCUACGGGGUCGUGGUCCGUUUGGAGAGGGCUCUGAAGGCCUUGGACAAUCAGCUGGCGGAGGAAGAGAGGCCGGUGCCCCGCCAGCUGGCCACAGUGUCCCUCUCGCUAUCCGGCCUCCUUUCGAACAUCCAGUGUGCCCAGUGCCGAAGGGGCCUUCGCCCAGUCCCCGUCGCGCCUUCAGAAAGGAGCCAAAACUCCUCGUCCUUCGCUCAAAAGAUAGAAGGUUGCCAGGUCCUUUGGAAUCUCUCCAGGUUCAUCCGGGGUUUAGCCAAGGUUUUCCAAAAGCAGAGCGUGAAAAGCAAAAGGCCAGAGAGGCAGAAAAAAAAGAAGCGGGAAACACAGCGCUCCUUUUCCAAUAACUCGUCAGUAGUGAGGCUGUAG